AAAAGCGCUGUAGUUUUCAGUCCGCGACUCCGCGUUGUUUUAACACUGAAAUUUCGAAACACUUUUCGUUCAAGAGGACUGCUGGUGCUGCGUCAGGUGGAGGUGGUUCAUUUUCGGGGUUGGAUUUUACUCUGCCAUCACUCGGAUAGAAUUUCACCCAAAAAAUGGCUGAUCCUGAGUUGGAAGCUAUCCGGCAACGAAGAAUGCAAGAGCUGAUGGGGCAACGUGGCCUUAACCAGGGAAAUCAACAGAACUCAGAGCAGCAGAAAGCACAGGAAGAUUCCAAAAGGGAAGCGGAAGAGCAGAGGCAACUGAUGCUGAGUCAGAUUUUAUCCUCUGAUGCACGAGAGAGGCUUGCUCGGAUUGCUUUGGUGAAACCCGAGAAGGCACGAGGGGUUGAGGAUGUUAUUUUGAGAGCUGCUCAAAUGGGUCAGAUAGUUGAGAAGGUGUCUGAAGAGAAGCUUAUAUCAUUGCUGGAGCAGAUUAACAGUCAGACUUCUAAGCAAACCAAAGUAACGAUCCAGAGGCGUCGAAGUGUUCUUGAGGAUGAUGAUUAGUUCCAAAUUAUAUAUUAAUAUUCAGUACUAAAGAUCAGAUUACUUGUACCAGACAUUUUCAGGUAGUUUGCUCCAUUUGAUGGAGGGGGCCUUUGUAUUUCAAGACUGUGUCUUCACUGCAGGCAGAAAAUCUGGGUCUUCUUUUUUACUUGUGUAUCCAAACAAUGUGCAAUGUGUAAGUGGUAUGGUUGAGCUUGCUUGUGCAGUUACGGAUCGUAACAUACUAGUUUAGUUAUGUACUUAUCCCAGACUUGAAUUGCCUGUGUGUCGACCCCUCAAUAAAUUCAAAAAUGGCAAAAAGUUCUCUUAGUGA